AUCAUCAUCAUCAUCAUCAUCAUCAUCUUCCGCUCCAGCCGAAUCAUAAGUGACCGAACCGGCAAACGGAACCGAGCGAAACCGCACCGCGCAUCUGGACGGCAGCGUUUCAGCCGCAGGGAUCUGUCUGUGUCUGCAUCAUCCAUCCCGAUGCUUUUGACGCUCGACCGCAGCUGAGACCCACAUCGGACCGGCGGAACCGGAGCGCUCAUGUCCUCACCGGGCCCGAGACCACUGCACCUCACCCGAGCCUCUCUGCGCCGUUAAAUAUUCAUAGUCACGAUCUGAGUGUCAAACUUGAUACUCCGGUGCCUAGAGAGACAGAUGAGAACCUUCACAGCCGUCGCUGUCACGUUAUGAACAUCUGCAUGAGGUUUAGAUGAGACUCGGAUGAGAUGCUCAGCUGGAGCAGGACGAGAUUCACUGCAGCACCUGCAGUCUGACCCGCUGAGGGCCUCCACUGGGUCAGAAACCCUCUCUGUGUCAUCGGAGUCCACUGAUGCUGGAGACACAUGCAUGCAUACAUGCUGGAUGAAAUGUGACGCAUCGUAAUCCCGGUGACAGCUGCGGAAAGAUGAGCCACAGACAAGACAGAGAGCGAGAGAGAGAGACAGGCAGUGAACAUGAUUAGAAGGACUGCGCCGUGACUCAACCAGACGCGUAGAAAAACAAGACGGGAAUGGAGACUGGAAACUUUCUCGCUGCGUCAAACUUCCUCUUUUAAAGCCCUAAACGGAGUGUUUUUGUCUCUAGUGCUUCAGUAAUGUGUUGUACCGCCAUCCCCGAAGUGUCGUCCUUCCUCUCAGGCGAGGUUACGGCAGGUUAAACGCCACCUGAGGCUUAGAGAGACUAAAGGGCCUGCGGCCCUCGCAGACCUUUGGGGAAAACGGCACCCGUGGAUCAUUUAUAGACUCGCUUGUGUGCAUGAGCGCUGUCAAUCACAGCCACUUCCUGUCUGUCACUUCCUGAUGUUGAUCUCUGGCAGACUAGAGGAGAUGUCUGACCCUCCGAACUGAGCUUGAGAACCGUUGACCUUUGCGUUUGAGUGUAUUUAUGUGUAUGAAAGACAACCAGACGGACGCAGCGUGUGUGUUUCUAAGUUGCUCGUGGCAAUGGGGAGUUCUGCGUCGUCUCUGACCACGGACAGAGAAUCAGAUCACGGGUUCACCACGGCUCCGUUCCCGCCGGCCGCUCCGAUGGGCUGGCUCAGGACUAGCCACAGCAGUCCGGUGUGGGGAACCACUUUCAUCACACGCCAGCAGCAGCAGCAGCCUAUCCCACAUAGAGAGCGCAGUCACUCUCAUUCUCCUGGCUCGAUGGCCGCAGUUGUGAGGAAUUCUGAUUGGUCAUGCGGUCGCUGCACCUUUCUUAACUCCAGCGGCUCCUUGCGGUGCUCUAUUUGUGAAGCUCCUCGGCAGAAGCCGGAUUUGAACCAUAUUUUGCGCCUCAGCAGUGCUGAGGAACCUCGCUGGUCCUGCCCCCGCUGCACUCUGACCAAUCACCAUGGAUUAGGCUCGUGUUCUGUGUGCGGAGCAGCUCCAGUUACACCCAACGGACCCCUCCCACCCAAGCAGCCCCCACCCACUCCAGUAGAGCCCGCCUCCAGCCCAGAAGCCAAAGGUCAGGUAGCCAAUGGGGAGUCCCAGUUCGCCGAACCCAACGGGGAGGUGUCUGUAGGAGGGGAGGGGUCAUCAGAGUGGGCGUGUCCUCGCUGUACUUUAGUAAACACUCCGGUGGCUUUAUCGUGCUCGGCAUGCGGCGGUCCGAGGAAACUCUCCUUACCAAAAAUCCCUCCCGAAGCGCUAGUGGUCCCAGAAGUGCGCACACCCGUGGUGGGGUUUCCCACUCAAACGGCAGGAGCGUCCGCGCCGCUUCUCAUUGAUCUGACUGAAGAUUCUCCACCCCAAGCACCUUCCGAAACCCCGUCUCCGCCCCCCGUCCCGUUUCUGCCCCCUUCCCUGUCCUCGCUUCAAAAUAACCCUGUGCCUCGCAGCCGAAGGGAAGUCCCACCCCCUGGACGUCCUCUAAACCCCACCCCCUCACCAACAUCGCCCUCAACAUGCCCUCCUACCAAAACCAAGCCCCUCCCACCAUCAGACAACUACCCAAUCAAGCGCCUCGGCGUGCUGGAAGAGGAGGAGCCUAACAACCCUGCACCUCCAAUCACGUCUCCGCCCUCUUGGAAGUGCCCCGGAUGCUCCACCCCCACAGCUCCUCCCUCGUCAUCUGCCGGGCGUUGUGAUGCAUGUCGAGGGUCAUGGCCGGGUUCGGGCGCCGACGUCAUUGACGUACUGGGCGAGUCUGUGCGAUUCACGCCGGCGUCGCCGUCCAGUCCAGACUUCAGCUCAUGGGCGUGUUCCAAAUGUACGUUGCGCAACCCGACAGGCGCGGGCCACUGCACGGCCUGCGGAUCAUCCAAAUUGCACGGUUUCUCCGAGCCGUCCAACUGCUCGUCUUGUUCUCGGAAACAACCGCACUCCCACAUGCGUGCCUUUACUUCCACCUCCUCUUCCUCCAUCUCGUCCCCGUCGGCGCAGGACAAGAGCGCCUGUCAGUGGACAUGUCCUGCCUGCACGCUGUUGAACGAAGUGAGGAUGAAGCAUUGCGCGGCGUGUCACACCCCGCAGCAGUACCUCAAUCAGCGCAAAAUCGGAAAGCCUCUCAAACGCCGGGAGAGCAUGCAUGUGGAAGCCCGCAGGCGCACGGAUGAGGGAGAGGCCAAGGAAUUGUGGGAAAAUAUCGUCAGCUUUUGUAGAGAGCUCGUGAUGGUCUGUUCAGACAAAAGGGAGCGUCCCGCAGAAGUUAAUGGCCGUGUGCUCUUGUUUUUAAGCGCUCUGGCGGUGCUAGCGGAGCGGCCCGAGUUGGUGGAGCGUGUGAUGAUCACCAGAACCAUAUGCCAGGAGGGAGCGUAUCAGGUGCGUCUCUGUAAAGACGGGACGUGGACCACGGUUCUGGUGGAUGACAUGCUGCCCUGCGACGAAUACGGAUUCCUGCUCUUCUCACAGGUUUGUGUUGCUGCGCUUGAGUUUUUAAGCGCUCUGGCGGUGCUAGCGGAGCGGCCCGAGUUGGUGGAGCGUGUGAUGAUCACCAGAACCAUAUGCCAGGAGGGAGCGUAUCAGGUGCGUCUCUGUAAAGACGGGACGUGGACCACGGUUCUGGUGGAUGACAUGCUGCCCUGCGACGAAUACGGAUUCCUGCUCUUCUCACAGGCUCAGCGGAGGCAGCUGUGGGUCGCGCUGAUAGAAAAGGCUCUGGCGAAGCUGCAUGGCUCAUAUUUUGCGCUGCAGGCCGGUCGUGCCAUCGAGGGUUUGGCGACGCUCACUGGCGCCCCCUGUGAAAGUCUGAUGCUGCAGGUCAGCUCAACCAACCCCCGUGAAGAGCCCAUCGACACGGACCUCAUAUGGGCUAAAAUGCUCAGCUCCAAGGAGGCGGGCUUUCUGAUGGGGGCGUCCUGUGGUGGCGGGAACAUGAAGGUGGAUGAUGCUGUAUAUGAGUCUCUGGGGCUCCGCCCCCGACACGCCUACUCCAUUCUGGACGUCAGGGAUGUUCAGGGCUACAGGCUGCUGCGUUUGAGGAACCCCUGGGGCCGGUUCUCCUGGAACGGCUCGUGGUCAGACGAGUGGGCCGACUGGCCGCAGCACCUGCGUCACGAGCUCAUGGCUCACGGCAGCAGCGAAGGCGUCUUCUGGAUAGAAUACGGAGACUUCAUUAAGUACUUUGAUUCGGUGGAUAUCUGCAAGAUUCAUCCUGAUUGGCAGGAAGUUCGUCUGCAGGGCUGCUUCCCGUGCCGGGCGAGUAAACCGGUGACCGUCACCGCCCUCACGGUCCUGGAGAGAACCGCGCUGGAGUUCGCCCUCUUCCAGGAGGGCAGCAGGCGUUCGGACACGGCCGACAGUCACCUGUUGGAUCUGUGCAUCAUGGUCUUCCGGGCCUCGUUUGGGAACGGGAAUAAGCUGGUCCUGGGACGUCUGCUGGCGCACAGCAAGCGCGCGGUGAAGAAGUUCGUAGGAUGUGACGUGAUGCUGGAGCCGGGAGAGUACGCGGUUGUCUGCUGUGCCUUUAAUCACUGGCAGAUGGACCUGACGGGCGCUUUGACACCAGUGUCCAGCCCCACCAACGAUCGCAGACCCAGUCAGGAUUUCCCAGGGUACAUCUUAGCCAUCUACAGCUCCAGACAGGUGAUGGUGGAGCAGGUGGAGGCCACACACACCACGCUCGCCGACGCCAUCAUCCUGCUGACGGAGAACAAGGGAGAGAGACAUGAGGGUCGAGAAGGAAUGACAUGUUACUACCUGACUCACGGGUGGGCGGGGCUCAUCGUCGUCGUGGAGAACCGUCACCCGAAGUACUACCUCCAUGUGUCAUGUGACUGUACCGACAGCUUCAAUGUGGUGUCGACCCGCGGCAGCCUGAAGACCAUCGACAGCGUGCCGCCGCUGCACAGGCAGGUGCUGGUGGUCCUGUCGCAGCUGGAGGGGAACGUCGGAUUCUCCAUCACACACAGACUGGCCCAUAGGAAAGCGGCGCAGGCAUCUCUGGGCGACUGGACGUCUAGUAAAGCCACACACUCACCCCAGCUCACGCCAGACACUGACGGACUGCACAGACCGCGGCCACUUUGACACAUGCUCACACACACACACACAUAGACACACAUAGACACACUGUCCCGUCAUGAAACCACAGCGUCGAGUUCAGACCCGUGAUGAUGAUGAACACACACGCAGCCACUGAGAGGGACUGAGUGGAACUACUGAGCCAAUCACACGUCUGCUCGCUGAGCCAAGACCUGCCCACUGCAAACACAGCCGCUCUGCGCAAGCACACGCGUGUCAUGAUGAGCUGCAUUCACAUCCAUCCUGGAGUCCGCCGGACUUUACCUUCUACUUUCUCUCCAUGCAUUCAGUCAGACGGCAAAUCUCACCUAAAUAUUGCACACGGCUCAUUUCACCCAGAAUUAAAAGGGAAUUUUUUUUUUAAUCACAAAAUGAAGCCUGUUUUUGGGACUAUUAUUAUUACGGUUGCAAUUAUAUAUUUGUUCAUGACAAUUGAGCACAUUUCCCCUCAUGUUCAUAUUACUUUAAGUCUCAUUUUUAUUCAAUUAUAUUAAAUUGUCUGUCAUGCAAUUCAAUUUUCCCCUAAAAUUCUGUAUUUCUGAC